AUAAGCUUUAGCACAAAAAAAAGGAAGUUACUAUAUUGUUACUAUUUGGAGGCUCUCUUUCGUUCGUUCCAACGAAAUCUUUAAAAUAUUUAAUUCUUAGAUUACCAAAAUCAGAUCGAAUUCAUUCCCUAAAUCUUUGAAACUUCUAACUCAAAUUUGUCCUUCAUAUCUAUCUUUUUUUUUUUUUUUUCCACUUCACACACAAAAAUUUUGGUCAUGAAUUGUUCAUUAUUUUUGGUAUUCUUGAUUCUAUCAGUUUCAAUUACUGUUUCAAGUGGAUCUCAUCAACGUGCAAUUCUUAGGGCAAUCAUAAAAGAAAAUAAUAACAAAGAUGGUGACUUUGCUAUUGAUUUGAAUGCCACCAACUUCGAUUCUCUACUUAAAGAAACUCCUUCCCCUUAUGCCAUUGUUGAAUUUUUUGCUAACUGGUGUCCCGCCUGUAGAAAUUAUAAGCCACACUAUGAAAAGGUUGCAAGACUCUUCAACGGGGCAGAUGCUAGUCAUCCAGGAAUCAUAUUAAUGACAAGGGUAGAUUGUGCAUUGAUGAUAAAUUCUAUUCUUUGUGACAAAUUCUCUGUGGGGCGUUUCCCAAUGCUUUUUUGGGGCCCUCCUAAGAAGUUUGUUGGCAGUGGCUGGGAUCCAAAACAAGAAAAGAGUGAAAUACUUCCUAUUGAAAAUUUUCGAACUGCUGAUAGCUUGCUUGAGUGGAUCAACAAACAAUUGGGAAGUUCAUAUGGCUUGGAUGAUGAUGGAAAAUACGAGAAAGAGCAUCUUCAGACAAACACCUCAAAUCCUGACCAGAUUGCCAAAGCUAUCUAUGAUAUCGAGGAGGCAACAUCUACUGCCUUUGGUAUUAUCUUAGCCCACAAGAUGAUUAAACCAGCAACUCGGGCAUCACUUAUAAAGUUUCUUCAACUUUUGGUGGCUCAUCACCCUUCUAAGAGCUGCCGGAAGGGGAGUGCGGAUGUACUUGUUAACUUCGAUGAUAUGUGUCCACCAGAGACGAUGUCGGUUAAUAAUGAGGAAGCUGAAAGUUGUAGCAAAAAGGGCGCUCUGGGAAAUUACCAGAUUUGUGGUAACGAGGUUCCUCGUGGAUAUUGGAUGUAUUGUCGUGGCAGCAGGAAUUAUACAAGAGGUUUUAGUUGCGGCUUGUGGGUUUUGUUACACUCACUCUCCAUAAGAGUGGAGGAUGGAGAAAGUGACAUGGCAUUCAGAAGUACAUGUGAUUUUAUACACAACUUUUUCAUUUGUGACGAAUGUAGGCAACACUUUUAUGAAAUGUGUUCAAGCGUAUCUAGUCCAUUCAAGAAAGCACGUGAUUUCGCCCUCUGGUUGUGGAGUGCUCACAAUAAGGUCAAUGAGAGACUAAUGAAAGAAGAAGCAUCCCUAGGAACCGGUGAUCCUGAAUUUCCGAAAGCUAUUUGGCCUCCAAAACACCUUUGUUCCUCGUGUUAUUUCAGCCCAAGCAAAAUGAGUAAGGAAAAUAGUAAGAUCAAUUGGGAUGAGGACGAGGUCUUCAAGUUUUUGGUCAGUUACUAUGGGAGAAAACUAGUAACUCUCCACAAGGACAAGGAACAAAAAAGUGCUGAUCAAACCGAAAAAAUAGUUACCGAAGAGUUGGUAGCCUCAACACAUGCAGUUGUGGUUCCAGUAGGGGCCGCAUUGGCUAUUGCAGUUGCGAGCUGUGCAUUCGGAGCGCUUGCCUACAUCUGGCGGUCACGGCAAAAGAACCGGAAGCCACGAAGAAGCUGGAACUGAGUUUGUUAAACGGGAAAGAUCCGGUCACUGCUGUAAUUAUAGUUGACAAACAAGUCAAAUGAGGCUUAUAGGGAACAAGUUGAGAGGAUUGUAAUGUA